AUGAGUCCCUUCCGCUUAGUCUACGGAAAAGCGUGUCACCUCCCAGUGGAGAUAGAACACAAAGCUUUCUGGGCGGUACGGGAAUGCAACAUGAGAUUUGAGAAAGCCGGAGCUGAGAGGAAGUUGCAAUUACAGGAACUAGAAUGCCUUCGUCUAGAAGCUUAUGAGAAUUCCAGGCUAUACAAGGAGAAGGUGAGGGCUGUACAUGACAAGAAUAUAAAGCGCAGGGAGUUCAGACCUGGUGAGUUAGUUCUCCUCUACAACUCUAGGUUGAGACUCAUGCCAGACAAGCUGAGAUGCAGAGGGGAAGGCACCUAUAGGGUGGAAAAGGCUGAACCUUAUGGCGUCUUUCACCUGCGCCAUCCCUAA